AUGGAUCCCCAGACUCAGAUGGAUAUCUCCAACCUCAGCGAGGCGGAUAAGAAGGAUCUGAGCCAGAUCCUGCAGAACGAGUCGCAGAAGACGACCAUCCAGCAGUCCGUCCACCAACUCAGCGACAUCUGCUUUAAGAAGUGCAUUGCCGGCCGCCCUAUUACCUCCGGCGCUCUGGAUCGGAGCGAGGAGGCUUGUGCUGAGAACUGUGUUCAGCGGUGGAUGGAUACGCAGACUUCUAUCAUUACCAAGUUGCAGAAUAUGCGCGGGUAG